AUGCAAUUUGGUUACGCUGCAGCUGACUCUAUCAAAAUAUGGACAUCAAGCAAAGGCGAUCAAAUUUUUUUAUAUGGAGAGUUAUCUUGUAACAACCAAGCAAAAAAUCUUUCUCAAUGCGUUAUCACAACGAAAGAGAAAUGUUCCCAUCAUUCAUUAUUAAAAUGUCAUAUCUGUGCCAGGCCGUUGUUAAACGACACAAAAAAAUUCCCUGACUCAUUGUUUUCCGCUUCAAAGGCAAUAAAUUUGCACAAUGCCGCCAAUGCAAGAAUAUCCAGUGGCAGAUCGUGGUGUGCUCCUACUGCUGAUGGAAAUCACUAUCUUCAAAUAAGCUUUGAAAAACUUUAUGCUAUUAACUCCGUUGCAAUUUUUGGAGACACAACAACCUUAAGUUGGGUGACAAAAUAUCACAUUAACACCACUUCUGAUUUAAUAAACUGGGAGUCAGUAUCUAAUCAGAAUUCACAAAAAGUUUUCAAAGGAAACAAAAACGCUUACAAAGACGCUGCUAUAUCAAACAUCAAAGGAGGUACAAGGACGAGAGCUUUACGACUUAUUCCAGUGACCUACAACAAUCGACCCUGCAUAAGGGUAGAACUUUACGGUGGAGAAUUGCUUCCGAGCAGCCCAACAGGUCUCAAUAUCACUUACAGCGCGUCAAGAUACGUUAUAAUAUCGUGGAUGGAUCCCCAAAACAUUGCAGUGACUCCCGGCACAGAUGAUGUAAAUCCUUUGAUAAAGUUUAGGUUCAUAUUGAGGAAGCAAAUGAAGGUCAUUUUAAACAAAACUGAGCCAUCUAACGUCGCUAAGCCUUACAUGUUGAGCAAUCUUAUUCCUAACACAAUGUACACAGUAGUUGUAACUGCUGGAAAUUCUGAAGGUUUUGGUGAUGCAGCGAGUGUUUCUUUUAAGACGAAAGAAGAUGGGAUCGGAUUGAAAAUUUUUACCUGA